AUUUUCCCGCGCUCAACUUGGUCGCGCGCGUCAGUCUGGUGCAGCAACGCGCCAAAACCAGAAGCCCGGACAAGUGCCGCUCGGAGUGCGCAUCCCGCCCGGCCACGUGGCGGAAACGAGGCACGGAAUCCGCAGUUUCCACCAUGCCCUGCGGAGCGGCUCGAGAUGGUGUGAAUAAGGAAAUGGAUGGUGGCAAGUGAGAAUCAAAGUAUAAAAGGAGAUUAUCUAAUUAGCAUCCUUGAAGUGACAAUGGUGCCGGCGGGAGGUUGUCUCUUCGCCUCCCUGGUGCUGUCGGUAGUGGUGUCCGCCGCCACCUCCUACAACAAUAUCGGAACUUAUCCCCCAGCGCAUUUGAACGAGGUUGGGACGAGUGAGCCAGAGCCAGACUUCGGAGACGUGAUCAAGAACGUGACAGUUGCUCUGGGACGGGAGGCGGUGCUCUCCUGCAUAGUGGACAACCUCGGCGACUACAAGGUGGGCUGGCUCAGGACGGAUACACAGACCAUUCUCAGCCUGCACAAGAAGGUCGUGACGCACAACACGAGAAUCUCCGUCACUCACAGCGAGCCGAGGACGUGGAACCUGCAUAUCAGAGCGGUGAAGGAGGAGGACCGGGGGUGUUACAUGUGCCAAAUCAACACCUCGGUCAUGAAGAAGACAGUGGGGUGUGUUGAUGUACAUGUCCCACCCAACAUCAUUGACGAGGAGACAUCUGGGGACAUUGAGGUGCGGGAUGGAGAUAGCGUGUCCCUGGUUUGCACGGCGCGCGGUUACCCAGAGCCCAAGAUCCUGUGGCGCCGGGAGGACAAUGAGAAAAUAAUGUUGCGACAAGGACGAGGCAACAAGUCCAAGGUGGAUGAGGUGGAGGGCCGCUUCCUGAACCUGACGAGGGUGAGGCGGAAACAGAUGGGCGCGUACCGGUGCAUCGCCAUGAACGAGGUGCCGCCAGCCGUCAUGAAGAGGAUCCUUGUCAAAGUGUCCUUCGAGCCCACGAUACAUGUGCCCAACCAGCUGGUGGCGACUCCCCUGGGCAAGGACCUCCGCCUCUCCUGCCACGUGGAGGCGUUCCCCAAGCCCAUCACAUUCUGGCGCAUCAACAAUGACAUCAUGAUCAUCAACGGGCCCAAAUACAAGGUGGAGGAGUCUUCCUGGACGUACCACACCAACAUGUCUCUUCUCAUACGGAACGUGGAGAAGGCGGACAUCGGCAUUUACACCUGCGUCGCGAGAAACUCUAUUAGUCAGGCCGAGGGGCAGAUCCGCACCUAUGAGAUCGAUCCUCCGGUGCCCGCCACCCACCGCCCCACCACUGACAGAGGUCCUCCAGGUGGUAAUAUCUUCUCCAACGCCCUUGAUCAUAGUGCCAAGCCUUCAGGUCUGCACAAAAACCACGUGGACGAGGAAUACCACCAACACAAGAUGACGGAGGACACUUCCCAGAUCUCUAUCAACAAAGGUAAGCGGAAGGACCUGCACGGGCUCACUCUUGACCUGGACAACGGCCGCAAUCCCGCCCACCGCCCGGCACUGUCUGGGGCGGGCGUGAGGGUCUCAGCCACGGCCGGCCUCCUCCCGUUCUGUCUCCUCCGUGUCCUCCGCUCAUUGGUUCUGAAACAUCCGCUCACCUCCUAGUCAUAAGUGUUCGGCAUUAUGGUCCUCUUCAGGUUUCGCGCGUGUGUGUCUACGCGUCUCUAUCACUGUAAUGUUCUUAUGUAAACAAAAAAAAUUGCUCUGUUUUUCCUUGCGGUUAAUGUUGACGUUGUCCUCUUGUCACGCACGCGUCCCCGGAGCAUGAAAACCCUUGCACUUCUCUCCGUAACGCUACACAGGAACGAGUCUCGGAAGAUUGGCUGUCAAGAGGAGCAUCGUCCGAUCUACAGUGGUAUUCUAAAAGUGAUUUUCAUCGCGUUCAGACUGUGCAGUGGAAGGUUCGCAAGGACAGACUGGCUGGCGGUGCUGUCGCCGCUUGUUGGAGGUGCGGCGAGGAGUGGCAACUCUCAGUGUGAUGAUCAUACACGGAAAAAAAAAGAAAAUAAUUAAAUAAAAUAGAAUAAUAAAAAUCUCUUUUCAAAUACCACGAGUGCCCUUCAAGUGGGAUUGUGUAGCUCGGUAGUGCCGUGAGGAAACUGCUUUGAUUGUUUGUCCGUCACUCGCCUUGUCCCUCCCUGUAUUCUGCUGUUAGUAUGGAAACUAUUCGAACUUCUCUUAUCACUUACGAGACUUGUCCGUUUCACAUGUUUAUAUCAGGACCAUUAAGAACUAUUACUGUAGACAUUACCAAGGUAAAGGAAACUUAUGAAAUAUGUGAUACAGCCAGAAGCAACUGGCCAACUCUAACCCUCGCGUACCCACUCCCCCACAAGUGCCCGCCCAAAAAGGGCGUCGCCCUCGGAUAGCCGCCCUCACCUGGGACAGGUAAACUGUAGGCAAGUCACGUUAUCAUGUACUAAGUUAUUAGUUCAUCUCGAGGAGGAUGCGCUGCCCUCCAACGAACUAUCUGACAACACUCGGUGUGAGCGCUUAUAGGUGUGUCGAGUGCCAAGGCCGGAGCCUGGCGCGGCCGCAAAGCCGCCGCUGCCGCCGCUGCUGCCGUUGCUGCCGCUACUGCCGCCGCCGCCGCCGCCGCCGCCGCUGGCCGCCCAGCACCAGGACGAGAGCUCACCAUAGCUCACAAACGUCGGACAAUAGGCGGACAACACUUCAGAUAUUUUCCCUUAUGAGUAUGAAACACUUUUAACCAGUAUUUAAAGGAAAAUGCAUUACAAACUGUAUUUACUCAGAAAAGAAAAAUAUAGCUAUGUCGCCAUUUAGCAUCAGUCUGAACUGACACAGAAAAGUUUGGUUGUAAGGAUGCACAGCCCAGGCAGACACUGCUGCUGCUUCCCGGGGCCGGUGGUGCCCUGCCUCGCUGUCCGCCAGCCACCGUGUCCACAGCUGGUGGCGCGGCCCGUCACAUUACGACGUGUAUAUACUAAUGACGGGAUAUGAUGGUGGGAGUAAGGGCAUCUGCCCCGCCAGGAGUCUUGGCUGAGCCGGAUCACAGCCCAGGUUAUGUCCCGCCUCGCCCUGCCCUGUGCAACGGGGACAUUACAAAUUAAACUGCAGUAAACACAGUGUAGGCCGAAACCUGUCAUGAACCACUCGCCUCAGGGAGUGCUGGUGGCGCCAGGCGACGGGGACUGACGGGACGGGACGGGUUGAGACGAACGGGCCGGGGCAACGACCUUCAUAGAAAAGUCCCUGAACUAAUCAUGUAAAAACAGAGAUGUAUAAAGGCUAUAUAUAGAUGCAUAUAUAUCAGGUGACACUAAGCUUGUUUAUCAGUUAAGACUCUAUUGUUUUUACGCUUGUCAUUCCGUGUAUUUGUGUUCCUCUUCCUUUUCCUCCUCCUCCUCCUCCUCCUCCUCUUCCUCCUUCCCUUGUGUAUAUUGAAGGCUCGCCAGCAGAGAGCGUCAGUCAGGGUGUCAUCGGUGACCGCAUCAGGUGUGGAAUGUUGUUAGUUAGUGUUCUGAUGGCGGCGACGAUGAUUGUACAUACUGAGUCAAGGUAUUCAGACCAAGAGUUUAAGUUUACUAACGUUUUAUGUAAAAAUGUAUAGUAAAGAAAAAAAGGAAUAAUG